CGGAAACAGAUGACAACGCAUAUCUCGCGUUUACUUCCAUGACAUUGAUGUCGAAACUUUCUAAACCACCUACGCUGAAACCGUUCAAGCUCGCACUUAUACAGCUGGGCAAUAUCAGCUCCAACAAGAAUGACAAUAUCAAACAUGCGCGCGAAAUGAUCAUGAAGGCUGCCUCCGCGAAGCCUGAUCUGAUUGUCCUUCCAGAGUGCUUCAAUUCUCCGUACGGGCACGUCCAUUUCCCAGUAUACGCUGAGAAGAUAGGGUUCACCCCUGGGGAACCAUAUGAUAUUGGCAAGAGUGAAAGCGAGUCUGUCAAAAUGUUAUCAUCCGCCGCAAAGGAAUGUAAUAUUUGGUUAAUCGGAGGCUCAAUUCCUGAACGAGAUGCCAGCUCUGAUAAUGUGUUUAACACCUGCACGGUGUAUAAUCCACAAGGAGAGCUUAUUGCAUACCACCGGAAAGUCCACUUGUUUGAUAUCGAUAUCCCUGGAAAGAUCAAAUUCAAAGAGAGCGAAACCUUGACUGGGGGCACUACUCUCAACUUUUUUGACACUGAAUUUGCCAGGAUCGGUUUGGGGAUCUGUUAUGAUAUCAGGUUCCCCGAGCUGGCGAUGAUCUCAGCUCGCCAAGGCUGUCAGGUCCUCGUUUAUCCAGGCGCAUUCAAUAUGACUACCGGACCUCUCCACUGGGAGUUGUUACAGCGUGGACGCGCCGUUGACAAUCAAAUCUUUUUUUCUAUGUGCAGUCCUGCUAGAGACACAACCGCAGGAUACCACGCAUGGGGCCACUCCAUGGUUGUUGACCCAAUGGGAAAGGUACUUUGUGAAGCCGAAGAAGGAGAGCAGAUUAUGUUCACAGAAAUCGACCCGGUGGUUUUCAAUGAAGCUCGAGGUGGAAUCCCCGUCACAAAGCAGCGCCGAUUUGAUGUCUAUCCCGAUGUUUCUGUAGGAAAGUAGAGAAAAUAAUAAGGAAAUGAAGAGGUUGCCUGUUUUGUAUGGUGAUGGAAUACCAUGGAUGGUUGUGGAAUGAUCGCGAUUAACGGUUAUGUAACAAAAAAAGCUGGGGCGCUGCCAUUA